GUGAUUUGAUUCUUCGUGUAUUGGCUCCAUACUUUGUAUUUCUCUUUAAUCUUGGGCAUAAAAUAGUGAUAUUCACCAGCUUUUUUCAAACUUGACUAUCAAGUUUCUGGCUACUUAUGUCAUACACACCUUGGGUGAGCUUAGUAGACGUGUAUCAUCAGAAUUGAACAAAGUUUUGAUGAAAUUGUGAGUUUGGUGCGACUACAGAGUAGGGAAAGCCUAUGACUAUUCUGGAGUUGAUCACCUAAAAUCCAAUUGUUGCAGGAAUUUAAAUGCAAGUUCCGCGGAGUUUACCUGACUUCUCCCAUAGCCAGUUCAAGCUAUGCGUAUGCUUUUCCUCUCUGUUGCCGCGCUGCUCACAACGGCCAAAUUGCUGCUCUGUAUUGCUGUGUAACUUCCUUUCUUGACCUGGCUCGCUUAGGUUGUUCAUCCCAUAUUAUGCUCCAGUACGAAUCAUAGUCCGCUGCCUCUGUUGCACUUUCCAUAUUAGUCGUGUCAUCUCCUGAGCCUUUGAAUAAGAUAAUAGCCUUUGUGCUAAAAGAGUUUAUUUAAUCUUUUUCCUUGCCCUUUGGUAUGCUUGAAUUCUUUGUUAGAUUGAAUCAGUAGCCAAGCUGUUGUACAACAGUUGACCCAACAAUUACUCAUUUCAAAUGUUGUACUGACCAGCUGAACUGCAGUAACGGUAGUAGGCCUAUGAAAGAUUCUUUGGGUUCUAGUUCCAGAUAUCUUUUCUUUUUAGUUAAUAUGAACAUGAAGUUCGUUAAUCAUUGUGAAUUUCAUUAAAGGUAAGCAGAAACAAUAAAGUGAACUAGUCUCAUGUGUCUUUCUCUUUAUCUAUUUUUUAAACUUGUUUUCGUAACGAGUUGAACUAAGACACUCUUAUACUCUCAAUCUCAAUUAUGAGUUGCCUGACUUAAACUUGUAACUAAAAUGAGUCAUGUUUUUCAACCCUUAACUGAAUUAAUCCAUAUGGUAUAUAAUUUGAAAGUUAGGUCACUAUAUAUGUGGAUGAAAAUUGUUGUGUUGGACGUGUAUUUAUGAAAAUAUCUCUACUUUUAAUUUUCAUUUGUUGAAAUAUUCUAUUUUGAUCAUCAUAGUAUAUAGUCCAAUUAAGCAACCUUUCCCCUCUUUUGAUCCUUUAUAAAAUUGCUUCUUCAACACUUAAACCAACCAACACUCACCACUACACCUACUUUACAAACUUUCUUUUUGAAAAAAUUUAACCCCUUUUUAUUUCAUUUGGCUAUCUGGCCUUGAAGUUAAAGGAAAGUAAAAAGGGUGGUGUAAGCAAUGAUUGCUUAGGUGUAUAAUCCAAUAUGCCAACCCUCUCCACAUUGCCAAAUAUCUUUUCAUUAAGUUUCAAAAUCCACUUAUUUUAACUUAAACAAGUUGGUGUUAUGAUUAGGAGAAAAGAAAAAAGUAUUUGAAGGAUAUAUACUAGCUAAGAAGAUAGAUGUAUCAUUGAAGAAUAAAAACAAAGUGUUUCUCAUCUUUAAAAAAACUUGUAGAGAAGAAACAAAGCAGUAAGUUUAUAAGAAGAUGACUACUGCUAGAUUCAUCAAAUGUGUUACUGUUGGUGAUGGAGCUGUUGGGAAAACUUGUAUGCUAAUUUCAUACACUAGUAAUACUUUUCCAACGGAUUAUGUUCCAACGGUGUUCGAUAACUUCAGUGCAAAUGUGGUGGUGGAUGGUAGCACUGUUAACCUUGGCCUGUGGGAUACUGCAGGACAGGAAGACUAUAACAGGCUAAGGCCAUUAAGUUACAGAGGAGCUGAUGUCUUUUUGCUUGCUUUUUCUCUAAUAAGCAAGGCAAGCUAUGAGAACAUUUACAAAAAGUGGAUUCCUGAGUUAAGGCACUAUGCUCCUACUAUACAAAUUGUUCUGGUGGGAACUAAACUUGACCUGAGGGAAGACAAACAAUAUUUAAGUGAUCAUCCAGGGGCUACUCCUAUAUCAACUGCCCAGGGAGAGGAGUUGAAAAAGAUGAUAGGAGCAGUUGCCUACAUUGAGUGCAGCUCCAAGACUCAGCAGAAUGUGAAAGCUGUAUUUGAUACUGCAAUUAAGGUAGCAUUGCGACCCCCUAAGAUGAAGAAAAGGCCCCAAAAAAGAAGGACGUUAUGUGCAAUACUUUGAAUAUUAAUAUGCCUCUUUUUCAUAUUUCAAAUAUUAUUCAAUUAUAUUCUUAUCAUUUUGUAAAAGUAUAAGAGAAAAGGCUCAGUUGUAAUUUUCCUUUUUUUUUUUUU